AUGGAAGCACUCCGGCCAAGGACAACCUCGACCGUUGAUCGCAAUUUGACAUCCGAAAAGUUCACGAUAGGGUUCAUUCGAGUAAUUGAUCUUUUCAGAGGUAUUAAAGUACCGAACAAUGAGCCAGUCCCACAACCACGAACCCGCCUACCGACAACAAAUCCACACGAAAAACUUGCGCCACCGCUUUGUAUCAACGGCCACCGCGCGCUUCCUCUAAGCAAAGCCGUCUAUGCAUUGCCUUCAAUGGUGGUGCCGGAUGAACAUGUUGAAGUCUGGGAGAACGUCAUACGAGAACGUCUCGUAGACGAACUUCGACUGCAUUUCCGGAGCCAGAAAUGUCAGCCUGAGUUCUUAAUGGUUUCAGAUGCCUCGUCCAAGAUCGGUCCGUGCAUCUGCUUGUCCGUGUGGGAUGAUUCUUUGUGUAACACGGAAGAGGGAAGGAAGAAGACAAUUAAGGAUGCUAACAAGAUUGUCAGAAAGCUACAGACUAUGCAGCAAUGUCCUUUCCCCUUUAAAGUCAUAGCAGACAAAAUCUCUCUAGCCACUCGCAGCUCCGGGCGUAGCAAGUGUUCUGUGGAAUCUCUUGAGGGUCCUCUGCUUGAGAGAUCCAGCCUGGUGGGUCUGGAGCUCAGUGGUGGUGCUGACGAGCGCGUUUCUUUCAGGCUUGGUGGCUUGGUUCGAGUUGGCUCAAAGAUCUAUGGCCUUACGGUUGCGCAUCCAUUCAUCCGCCGACAACAGCAAUAUUUGCGACCUGCGGCAAUAGUUCAGGACACUCGCGAACCCUACGACUCGGACUCGACGGAUAGUGACUGCGAGGAGGACAAGCUCUUCCGCUCACAGCACCCAACAAUCGCUGCUGAAGUGGCUAUGAAUCAACAGGAGGUAGUGCACACGUUUCAGGACGAAACUAAUCCCACCUUCCAGCCUCUUCAGCCAGAUAGCGACCGCCUGGCGACCUCGGCACACUCCUCAUCCAGCAAUGUGUCUACCACUUCUUUCGGCGAGGUCUAUACAUAUAGCAACUGGUCCAGCAAAUCAGACGUUACUGGUGAUUGGGCGUUAGUAGAGUUGCAAGACGAUGUACCGGUGCUGCCUAACCUAUACAAGGCACAACGGGAUGGCAGUGUGGUGCAGAUAGAUGGUAUCAGCACGAAUGGUCUGCAGCCACAGACAGCGGUUACAAUACUAACCGGCUCCAACCAUCUCUUGCACGGUGUGCUCGGUCAAAGCAACGUCAAGAUUUCGGUAGAUGGACUAAAUCUUACUGUUACCCAGAUCAUACUGCAAAGACCCCUUGCUCCUGGAUACUCCGGGUCUUGGGUCGUCAAGGAUGACUUGUUUGUUGGUUGCCUCGUCGCAGUGCGGAGUUUCUUGCCAAUCGCUUACAUGGUCCCUGCUUCAUCAGUAAUUCAAGAGAUUGGGGAAUCUCUCAACUCGACGGACGUGGGAUUGGACGUAUUAAAUGCUUCUGCAGAGGAGCCAUCUGGGCCUUCGCACCAUACUAGAGAGCAAGUUAUUGACGUGGACCUCAGCGGCUCGACGGAAAGUGUGCAGCAUUCUCCAAGACCAGACCUUGAUCUUAGGAGUCUUGAGAUCCCUCAAAGUCCUCCGGAAGUUGCGUCCGGAAAAUAUGGAGAUCUGUAUAAUAAUGCAACCGAAAUACCCAGACCGAAAGACUUGGAAAGCGACGUCGAUGAGCACAGUCGGUUGUUGUCGACAAGUGUAGAAGAAGCUAGUCGCUGGGAAUUACCCAAGCCUGGUUCUAGCUCUAAACGCCUUCGCGCCGGCACAUAUCGGUCAUCGUGGAUGUUGAUGAAGUACUUGGCUGCCACAUAUCCACCUGCUUUCCUGGCUCUCCUGGCGGCUAUAAUGCCUGCUGCUAUACUCGACGAGAUAUCUACGAGCCUUGUCAAUACAUCCGAACUCAGAUCUCAGCUGAUUCUCUCAUCUUACAUCCUUGGACAGGGAUUUGGUUUGCUAAUCGCAACGCCGCUAACCAAUGCCUACGGCCAGUGGCGCCCGGCGCUUUUGUUCGUCUGUGUUUCUGCUGUGUUUAAUCUCGCGUCCGGUUUCUCGAAGACUUCAACCCAGCUGAUCUGGUUCCGAUUGCUGUCCGGAAUUGGAGCCAGCGGGUCAGCGGCGUUGCUGACCAUUCCGAUCAGUCUGAGUACAAUGGGUCAAAGAAAGGUAAUCGGGGCCCUAUGCGGAUUUUCGCUAUCCCUUGCUUUUGGCUUGGGACCAUGGUUCGGAGCGAUGGUGGCACAACGGUUGUCCUGGGCCUGGUCAUUCUGGAUCUUGGCAGCUAUGUUGUUGCUGCAAGCGCUGCUGUUGAUCGUGGUUUGCGGAAGAAGUCUUGUCCAUAAUGACGAUCCCUUCAAAGACGCCGAUGAUGACCUAGCAAAACAGAAAACGUCAGCCGUGCGGGUUUUCGCGGUCGACGGCAUUGAGAUAUUCCAAAUGCUCAGAGAUCCAAUCCUCGCUCUGUUGAUAGCCUGGCGUUCUCUCUGCGCUGGGACAUUGUACUUUAUCCUCUCGAGUCUCGCCGGGCUUUUGCAGGAGAAGUACGCUCUCUCUCUCCCCAGCUUCGGUGCCUGGUACCUGGCUUUGGGAGGAGGUGUCGGUCUCUGUCGCUUCUUGAUUCGAACGAGUCCCGUGUGGGAGCCAGACAGCAUCGCCAGUGAGGACGACCAAGCAGAGCGCUGGCUCGUGAUGAGCACUCCUAGCUCGGUUUUGAUCCUGGCCGGACUCACGCUCUACGGCUGGUCUGCCGAGAAGUGCACCAGCGUCGCACUCACCGCCGUUGGACUGGUCGUGUUCUCGAUCGGGCACGGUGCGAUUUCGGAAUUUGCAACGCGCUACACCGUCGACGUGUACAGGAUGAAGGCCCUACCCGUGCUCAGAGCCAUGAAUUUUGCAAUGGACCUGGCUGGGUUCGGGUUCCCUUUGUUCGCUCCCGCCUUCGUCCGGCGCUGUGGGUACGGGUGGUCGAGCACGAUUCUUGCGUUGUCCGGAUCGUGUGUUUACCUCUUUGUUGUUCUCGUCUUGCGCACGUUUGGCCUCGAAAUCCGCACGCGAAGGAGGAACAUUGCUGAACGCUGGGUCUCGAAAACCAAGGCUCGGAAGACGAGCAGAGCAAGCUUGUCUUCUGCCCAGGACGUUGACGAUGGAAGUGUUGCUGACAGCUGGGACUCGAUUUCUCAUAUUCGGGCCACCAGACCAAGCCUGUCUUCACCCCAGGAUUUCGACGACGACGACGACGAUGAUGACGACUAUGACGACGACCCACGAUGA